AUGGUCAUGGCCAAGUCAUUGAUAUAUGUGCUGUUGGCGUGGGUCGUCGUUGCUGCACCACAAGCUAGAGAUGAAAAUCCUGCACUUGCACAGAAGUGCGAAUCAAUCGAGCUGCCGCAUUUUGAGGAAUUCGAUGUAAUAAAUAUGCGCAGUUCUUCAGUAUUCGGUUACUCGAUCACAGACAAUCCGACGCAAACAGCAUCGCAAUCAACAAUCGACUUCUGUCAUGUCAAUGUCUCCCUCACUCACUCUGGGGCAGACGAUAUCGUGCUUACUAGCAUCUGGCUACCUUUCCACGACUGGAACGGUCGAUUUCAAGCGACUGGAGGCGGUGGCCUUGCAGCAGGAUAUUUUGACUCUGCCCUAAUUCAACCGGUUGCAGAUGGCUACGCUGCUGGUUCUACUGAUGCAGGACUCAGCCUUAACAAUACUAUACUGGCUGGGGAUGGUAGCUGGGCACUUACCCCGGAAGGCAAACUCAACCAGGAUCUUAUCAAGAACUUUGCUUACAGGUCCAUCCAUGACAUGACAGUGAUAGGCCAGGCGGCAAUUGUGGCAUUCUAUGGCCAACGACCUCACCACUCGUACUAUACCGGAUGUUCCACUGGAGGCAGACAGGGUUAUCUCGCAGCCCAGUACUAUCCUGAAGAUUUCGAUGGUAUUAUGGCCAACGCUCCUGCCAUAUUCACUCCGCGAGUCUCACCUGGAGACUUCUGGCCCGUCGUGGUAAUGGAAAAUAUCGUUGCGCCACCUCAAUGCGUCUUCUCGGCUUUCCAAGCUGCUACAAUUAGACAAUGCGACCCCCAGGACGGCGCGACUGAUGGCCUCAUAUCGGCCCCUGAUAAGUGUGAUUUUGACCCGAAGACUCUUGUAGGGCAGACUGUCGAUUGCGCCGAAAUCUCUACCUCAGUGGUUAUAACCACCGAGCAUGCUGACGUUGCUGCUAAGAUUCUUGAAGGCGCUCGCACGACGUCUGGAGACUUUCUAUGGUUUGGCAACCCUCCUGGGGCAGCCUUCGAUGGGCUUGCCAACACAACGGUUGUCAAUGGCACGAUAGAGAUCAUUCCUUUCAGUUCCGGGGAGGCCUGGAUGAAAUACUUUGUUGCUCAAGAUCCAGACCUAGAUACCAAACAUAUUUUAUUUGAUACGUUUGAGUCAUUAUAUUUUCGGUCAGUCCAGCUUUUCACUGACAUCCUCGGAACGGACAACCCGGAUCUUUCAGACUUCAAGAAUGCCGGGGGCAAGCUCUUGACGUGGCACGGCAUGGCAGAUGCCUAUAUCACCCACCCUGGAACGACGCUGUACUGGGAUAAAUUGCAGAAGAAAAUGGGCGGACGUAAUGCUGUGGACGAUUUCUAUCGAGUAUUCCUUGCUCCAGGUGUGGCACAUUGUCGAGGUGGCUACGGGCCAGUCCCCUCAAAUCCACUUGCAGCACUCGUAAGAUGGGUGGAGAAGGGCGAAGCCCCCGACACACUAUUCGCUUCCACUACCUCUCAAGGAGGUGGUCAGGUUAGCCGAAACCUCUGCCAUUAUCCGGAGAGGUUGAGAUUUAGAGGCGGUGACUUGAAUGAUGCAGAAAGCUUCAUCUGUUCAGGUCGUAGCAAAGUUAGCCAGGGACGAGAUAAAGCUUCUCUUGAAGUCUCGAGAUAUUACUAG